GAGAGUUCCCAAUUAUAUGAAGACUCCCUGUUCCAACCAAACUCCUUUAUUACUGUAUUGCGUUUAUCCCGAUUGAAAUAUAGAUUUAUCUAAAUCCUCUGUUAAAAUUCAUUCAUUUUCUGUUCUAUUCACCGAUGGUUUCCCUUUUAUUGGAGCAGGGUUUUCCUUCUCUUUAAUCUACAGAAAAGUUAAAUCUAAACGUAGAACUACUACUGAAGAAUUUUGUUUCCCGAACGCGAUUUGGAGCGUGGAUUUUGCUUUCAAGCUAUGGAGACUUCUACGAUUGUGAUCAAGGCAAAGUACGGGGACAUGCUCAGGCGGUUCAAUGCCCAAAUUGUUGACAAGGAACUGUAUCUUAAUUUUGAUGGACUGAGAGAGAAGAUCUGUUCAUUAUUCAAUUUUGUUCCUGAUACUGAGUUCACACUUACCUAUAUUGAUGAAGAUGGUGAUGUGGUGACGAUUGUUAAUGAUGAUGAUCUGCAUGAUGUGGUAAGGCAGGCCCUGAACCCCUUAAGGAUUACUGUGAAGGUGACUGAGCAGAAUGGCAGAGAAUAUGCUCGUUCAAGUGGGAGUUCAAUUCCCUUGAGAUUGCCUAGAGUUCAGCAACCCUUCCGAAAGCUGAACGCAAACGUCUCUGAAAUUUUGAAAUCUGUGCCAGAGCCUCUAUGUGAAACUCUCUUGAAGCUUUCAACUGAGUUGUCAUCUAAAACCUCCUCCUCUGCACCAGGUAUUGCCGAACUUGCUGUAUACUUCUCAAAGAUAGGUUUGUCCUACCUAGAUCAGCUUUCAGAGUCCAAAUCUGAAGUGCAGUCUUGUACACCAAGCGAGGUUCCUGAAAGCUCCUCAGCCGCAAGAGAAACCAAAGAUUUGAAUUCCUCCAAGCCUGAAGAGUGUUCUUUGAGAAUCAAUGAGGGCUUGCCAAAAUUUAAACCUGGGGGAGCCUUGGGAAACAAUGAGCUGAAACCGGGAAAUACAAUUGCAAGUAGCACAGACCCCUUACCUUUGGAAGUACCUGGCCUCAAAGCUGUAGAUGCAGCAAUUGGCUCUCUGAAUUUUGAUGUUGGAUACCCCAACAAUGAAUCUCUGCACGAAUCAUCACACCUGGAUCCUAAACCAAGGGUUGUGGCUGCUACUGUUGAUAAGAAGAAAAAGUUGAAGAAGAUUAUUCAAUGUUACGAAGAGGCUCCUUUGGCAUCAUCUAGUCCGCCACUUGUUGCAAAUGAUGUUCCUAUUCAAAAGGGGGUUGAUAAGCCUAGUGAGCCUCAGGUUGGACCAAAGCCUUCUAAUGUGGGUUCUUCCACUGGUAAUGCUGAUCCUACGAAAUGGGGCCAUCCAGUUGGUGGGAUAAAUUAUUUAGUAGAGAGUGGUUCUGAGAACUCUCCAGUCUCACAGUUUGGUCGUGGUUCUCUUAACAAGUCUCCACUUUUUGGAAUGCCUCUACGAAAUGAUUCAGCUGCCCCCCCAUAUUCCAGCAUCCCACCAUUAAUGAGCAUUAUUCAGAAUGAUGCCUCUGGGAGUAUUGUACAUUUGGGUGUUUCUUGCGAUGGUUGUGGGUCCCAUCCCAUAACUGGACCUAGGUUCAAGUCAAAAGUAAAAUAUAACUAUGAUCUGUGCCAAAUCUGUUUUCUUAAAAUGGGAAAUGUUUCUGAUUAUAUUAGAAUUGCUCAUGAGGGGGAUCAUCAGUACCCCACGUCUAUCAAGGAAUUGUAUGGCCAUCAUGCUAAGGACCGGGUGAUCUUCAGUGGUUGCAAUGAUAGAAUGGGUAUAGCAAAGCUAGACAGUCGCUUCAUUCAGGAUGUGAAUAUUUUCGAUGAAACUGUGAUGGCCCCUUUGACUCCAUUUACCAAGAUUUGGCGGAUGGGGAACAUUGGUGCAUCGGCGUGGCCCCAAAAAACACAACUUGUUUGGACUGGGGGAGACAGAUUAAGUAAUGCAUUUCCGGUUGAAGUAGAGAUUCCUUCGGGUGGUUUGCCUGUUGGCCAGGAGAUUGAUGUCGCAGUUGAUUUUGUGGCUCCUGAGCUUCCAGGUAGGUAUAUCUCCCACUGGCAGAUGGCCUCGCCUUCUGGCGUACAGUUUGGGGCGCAUAUUUGGGUUCACAUCCAGGUUGUUGCUUCCAAGGAGGCAAUGUCACAUGAGAGCGUUCAUGGACUGAACUUAAACUUACCUCCACUAAGCUACCCGUUAAGUGACCCUGAAAUUAUAAAUGUGGGUCCAGGAACCAUGGUGCAUGGAAGACAAUUUGUGCCUACCAACUCCAAUAAACCUGUGGAAUCAGUGGAACUAUUAGUUGAUGCACAGCCAAACGAGGAGCAGGAUGCGAAAUUCCCCAUCAAUGAUAUCUUGUUUGUUGGUGAUGGUGAGUCAAGCUCUAUUUCUACAGUACCUUCUUCAACUUUUUCAUAUCCUAUCGUUGAUCUCUCGGAGGUGGUUCCGGCUUUGCCUUCUCCAUCCCAAGCUCUGCUUUCUGUUGCGCCACCAUCGAUUGGAACUGUGCAGGCAUCUGUUCAAGAGGUUUCUGAAAAGUACGAGGUAGAGGAGAAACUUCUGAAGGAACUUGCAGAAAUGGGCUUCAUACAGGUUGAUUUGAACAAGGAGAUCUUGAAGAUUAAUGAGUACAACUUGGAGCAAACAGUGGAUCAUCUUUGCCGUAUUGCUGAUUUAGAUUCUGUCCUCUAUCCAUGAGAUGGGUUUGGUGAUGCAGAAAUGAACAAGAAGUUCCUAAAGAAGAAUAAUGAAGUAUUAAGUCGUGGCUAUAAAUAAAUUCAAGAAUCAUGUGAACUAAUUAUGGUACCUUUUGGUUUUUAGUUUAUAAGCUUGUUACCUAGUGUGUUCCAUGUGUUACAUAGAACCUUUUGGCUCAUACCACCUGGUAUGUUUGCAUGUGUCAGAUAUAUGUUGACUUUUGGUUCCUGGUCUGUUGGCUUGUUACUGGAGCAUGUUUCCUAUAUUAUCUGCUACCUUUUGGUUCCUUAUCUGUUGGCUUAUUAUCAAAAUAUGUUGCUUAUGUUGA